AUGCCUCCGCUCAGCGCCGCCUCAACCGUGGCGCUGGCUCAGACCAGCUUUCGCCCGAGCCAGCUCUGGCUCGAGCCAGCCUUUGCUCGAGCCAGCCUCAUCUCCGACGAAACGUCGCGCGUAUUGGCUCCGCUGGUUGCCUCGUUUAAAGCGCCGAACACGGCAGCGAUCGGCAUUGCGCGCUUGAAGGAGCAGCCAGAGAUCAUUGACGACAUGGCGAAGUGGGGGAUCAGAAAGGCUCACGAGGAAUUCGCGUCAGCAUUUCUGGAUGCGCCAAUGCAGCUGAACUUGGCAAGCGGCGCGGCCUUCGACAUGCCCGUCGUCAAUUUCGCCAGCCUCCUUCAACACUGCGCUUCCGAAUCUGCGAGCUUCAGAAAUUUGCCGCCCACAACUUUAAGAAAAUUCCCGUGCCCCCCGGCGGCGCCGCGGGACUUCAUCUUGCACUUCGAUGAGUUCGUGCCAGGCAAUGUCUUGCGGCAAGAUAACAAACGCAAGACGCUCUCGUUUUACGGGAGCUUUCGCUCCUUCGGCCCUGACGCGGUGUCGAGCGAGGACGCUUGGUUGCCUCUCGCUUUUGUUUGCCACACAGUGGUCGAUGAGGUUGCUGGCAAGAUGUCUGGAGUCGUUCGCCAACUGUUGCAACGACUUUUCAUUGGCCCAGACAGCGCGUCGCAGAGGGGCAUCCUCAUUGAUGGCACUGGGCCUGGCGGCGCCCCUGCGCUCAUCUUCUUUAAGCUGUCGAACCUGCUUUACGACGAAGAUGGCGCUAACAAUGCCUUGCGCUUGAAGGGCGCCGUUGGCGUAAUUCCUUGCGCUCUGCGCAAGAAUGCGCACGGCAUCUACGACCACUCGGGGCCCCUGCUGCCGGCGCGUGACAGGGCGAGCACGCCG